ACAAGAAAUCCUGACCGUUGGAUCCAUCGUCGAGGCGCGAACCGAUAAAACCACCGGUGCUGAUGACGGCGGUGCCAAGAAACAACCAAAGUUCAGGCGACAAUGGUGGCGAUUUCUCUGUACAGAGGGAACCUCCACCGCGUGCCGGACGUUCCCCGGCGAUGGCUGAUGCCGAACCACACCAUCUCCAUGAAGGACUUCAGGUGCCUCCUCCACCGCCGCUCUCGAGCCCUUUCCCGUAGCCCCUCCGCCACCACCUCGAACCCUAGGGUGGUCCCCGAAUCAGACCCUCCGGGUGAUGCCGCGAACCGAGCUGGGCCUUCGGUUGAGCGCGAAUUGGAGAAUCCAGCCGCAGGUGACUGCCGAGAAGGGACUUCGAAGGGAGUCGGGCCUGAAGAGGUGAAGAAUGCGGAUGAAGAUCCGAGAGGAUUGGGAGGCGGGGGAAGUCCGGAGAAGGCGGCAAAUGAUAAACCCGGUGCACAGGGGAAGGACUCUGCUGCCGUCGAUUGCAGCGGAGCAGCCCAAUUUCAGUCACUUGAGAAGCCUGAGGAGCCUGUAAAACAAACUGCUGAGCUGACGGAGAAAGUUGACGUUCUCGGAGACAAAGAGAAGAGGAAGAAGGAAGUGGAGGAGAAGUUGCAGGUUUUGAACACGAAAAAGCAUGAUUUAGUACAGGUUUUGAAGCAGAUUUUGAAUGCUGAAGAAGAACUGAAGAGGCGAAGUAUGCAGGGGAUGGCUAUGAGACCAUCAGUACCACUUCAAGUGGAUGUCACGAAUGACUCUGGUUCGAUGACUCGGCAUCCUACUCCUAGAGCGGGCCCAGAGGGCAACCAAGGGGGUGACGUGGAAGGAGGGGAAGCAGAAGAUCCCUCGAACCACAACAUUCAAUCUCGACCCUUGCUUCGCAUGAGCAGUAUGUCGCCAUCUUCAGAGUCACCGCUGAGAAGGCCUGCCCUGUCCCAGCUCAAUUCGGUUUUACAUCUCGGAGAAAAUGAGAAGUGGAUAGAGAAGGUAUCCACAGAGUUUGUCCAAACCAUGCUCGCCUGUUUGGGAUAUCUUUAUUUUGCUCAAAUGCACACCUUCUACUGUCCCGCACUCCUCUCGUGCAGGUUUAGCUGUGAGCGGUAGUCCAUCACGCUUUGCUCCCCAAGGAAAUCCCCCGAAUCUGCCUCCGGCAGUGUCUUUGUCGGGAACAAAUUACAUUGCGUCUUCGCCUUCUCCUGCAGCAUCUGGCGGUACUUCUGCCUUCAAAGAUGCUCGACAGCUGAGCCCGUGGAGCUAGAUGGGCCAUCUCGGGCGUAUAUGUUUUCAUCAUCUCAGGAAUGACGAGUUGGUGUUGUUGUUUUACUGUAAUGCUCUAUUCUUUGGCUCGAUGAUGUAAAUCUUUAUACUCCUUGUAUCUUUGCUCCAAUGCUUGAAACUCCAUGGAAUCGAGAUUGUCCCGGCUAUGACUGUUGUCUCGGUAAGUUGGGAUCAUCUAAUGAAAGCUCAUUAGAUUUAAUUUCA